AUGAGCAUGUGGAAAGGCAAAAAGGACGCGCAGAAUGGCGACCAGCUGGAGCCUGAAGCACCGCAGGAUGAUGGAGCUUCUGGGCGGGCUUCAAGGAGAAGCUACGAGCCCUCAAGACGCACAGUCGAGCCUCGCGAGGAGCCCACUGAGCGCACAAGACUGCUCGAUCGUCCCAGGCCCCCCAACGCCGACGGCUACCUCGACCCAGAUGACCCAGCUGUAUCGCCCUACAACCUGUGGACGGUGCGUGCUAUGCGCUACCUGACCAUCCUCUUUCUCAUCAUCACCUUCCUCUGGUGGGUCCUCCUGCUGGUCUCCGUCUUUGUCUCUCCUCCAGGCCUCUCCAGCCGUGGAUCUGGAUUCUUCGACUUUGCCUACACCUGCCUGACGCUCGGUAACCUCCUCGUGGUGACCAUCUUCUUUGUCACUCCCGCCAAAGGCCUGCGCAUCACCACAGCCAUCAUUGCUGUGCUUCUGGCCGUCGACAUGAUCAUCAUCCUGGCAGUACCGCGCCUCAGGCUCGAGGAGGGCUGGAUCGGUAUUGCGAGUGUCGUCUGGGCGCUGCUCAUGUCCAUUUGGUGUGUUCUAACCGACCGCGUCGUCGCCUAUGGCAAGAAGGAGGAGGAGGAGCGUCUUACUGGCCGUCCCGAGUCCCGUCGUACGCUGAAGGAGUGGCUGGCUGUCCUGGCCGCAACCAUCCUCACUGUCGUCUUCAUCCUCAUUGUCAUCUUGAUGACUGCCACUCUCGCCAUCCGCUCGAUUGAUGCUGGGCUCAAGAUGUACGGCGACCGCAUCCUUGUAGAUGGCGACAAGUACGCUGUCCACCUCGCCUGCGUCGGCAACGAGACCAACACCGCCGGUGACAAGGUCACAACCGUCCUCGUUGAAGCUGGCGAGAACCCUGUGGAGUACGACCUUGAGCACUGGGCAUACGCAGCCUACAAGAACGAGACCAUUGACCGCUACUGCUACUGGGACCGCCCCGGUUACGCGUGGUCUGACAAUGCUCCAUCCCCACACUCCGCAGGCAUGUCUGCCGAUGCGCUCUCCGAGGCACUUGCGAGGGCUGGCGAAGAGGGUCCCUGGAUCCUGGUCUCUGCCGGAACCGGCAGCAUCGUGUCGCGUAUCUUCAGCUCUCGUCACAUGAAGCAGGUCACUGGUCUGCUCAUGAUCGACCCCAUGCACGAAGAUCUCCUCCACCGCCUUGCCAGCCCCAGCCGUGGCUUCCUCCUGUGGGCAUGGGGCAUCAUCUCCCCUCUCGGUACCGUUCGCCUCGCUGGCGCUCUGUUCAAGGGACGCACAAGCGCUGACCGUGUCUACGGCCGCAGCGCAUACCAGUCGGGCAAGUUUAUCAAGGCCCAGCUGCAGGAGAAUCUUGUUGCAGACUCGCUAUCGAAGAACGAGGUUGUAUCUGCCAGGAACAUCCAGAGCGCUGACACUCCACUUGCCAUUGUCAGCAGUGGCAUCGAGUGCCGCCGCGAUUCCGAGUGGGAGCGUAAGCAAAAGGAUCUGACCACGCUCACUGACAACCUCGUCAGCUGGGACAUUGUCAAGAAGACCCCCCACGAGGUAUGGCACACGCUCGAGGGACGUGAGCAGAUGGAGAAGAGCCUGGCCAAGGUGGUCAAGGCUGCCCUCAAGACCAAGACGCCUGCCCAGUAG